UAAAUAUAUUUACUGUAUUUAAGCUACGUUGCAGAUAAUUUCAUACUUCUUAUCUUUUUGUGUUGCAUCUUUUAGGCGCAUAUUUAAAUUUUAUACACAUUUAUGGCAAGUAUAUUGUAAUAAUUUGUUUUAAGUGAGUGCAAUAGAUGCAGCAUUUGUAAAUCUAGGUCUAACUGUAUUGUUAUAUCAAUCUUGAACAAAUCGCUGUUAUAAUUAAUUAAGUUACAAUACUUCCAAAACGCUUUGUUUUAAAUAACGACAUGUUUACCUGUAAUGGAAGCAUCAACACUCAGUUGUAUAAUUCAACUCUCUUUCCAAAAUAUGCACACUCUCCGACGCCGCCGUCACUCACUGCACUCAUAUGCAUAUGUACAAUAUGCACGCAUGCUGCCAAAUGCACAGUGGGAGCUCUGCAGUGCAAUGCUCUCUGUAUUUUUCUUUGAAAACACAAUGUAGUGACUAUACCUAGCCAGCCGUCAAAACGAAUUUACCAAAACAACAAAACAUACAAUAUUUUGAUAUUUGUCAAAGAUUAUUUCAAGGCUUUUAUCAGUUGUUUAGCUGUCACUGAGCAGUGGUGAAAGCGCUUUGGAGCGGUUUUUUUUCCAACGCAUACACUCUCUUUGCUGUAGCAGCUACAGUGUAGCUCUACCGCGAGUCUAUUGAAUUAUUGCGACUGCGAAUCUUCGCACAGUUGCUGUCGUCGUGUUCGGUGUCAAAGUCACAAACAGUCUUGACUCGGCGCACUGCCACAACAAGGGAAUUGAAGAUUACUUCAUUAUUUUGUGAUUUUAAAUUUUUAUUCAUAUACUUUACGGCUUUAUUGAAAUAAUGGGCAAGAUUCAAAUGCAAAAAAGCAGCGACGACGGUACAAAAUUACUUUGUGCGAGUGCUUUGUUGAAGUGAACGCAAAAUAACAACAAACAAACAAAGGCCAACGGGUACUCGAAGAAGUCGGAGAAGGUGACGAAGGCAACAACAACAGCAAACAUACACACGCAGUCGCGUGCAAAUGCAGAAUAUUGAAUUGCAGCUAAAUUUAUAAAAUUGCAAUUACUAACUGUGCGAUAUCCAACGAAGAAGGCCGCACACAAAAGUCGCAUAUAAAUGUCUAAACAUUGAACAAAGUGUGUAAACGAGCCUCCCACUUGGACACUUGGACAUAGACGGCGAACCGUCGGUAAGGAAGAGAGCGAGCAGGAAACGGGAACACAGCGCAUUGACAAACCUCUGCGACAAGAUACCAAAAUAAAUGAGCAAAACGAAUAUCACGAAUCGCCAUACCUACAUACACACAUACACGCAUAUAUAUUCAUUUAUUUAUUUUCUAACUUCAACAUUUGCUUUUGCGUUGAGUUUUUGUGAAACGCGCGAAUAAAUACACGAUUAUUUUAUAACUUGCCGUGAAACAAGUUGGUUGUUGCGGGCUAAAAGCUGAAUAAGAAGCGGAAAUACGCGCAAAACAAAAGACAUAAAAUAAACAAGAAAAACAACAUUGCAAACACCUGCGAACGGCAUGCUAAAAUCACCAAAUAUUUUUAAGCCGCUGCGGCUGUUCCCACAUAGGCAGCUAUUCUUCGUCUUCGUGUUCUUCACUUUGUGUUGUGCUUCACUAACUUUGGCGGACUUGGAGCUGCCAACAACACUACAACAAAGCGGAGAGCAACGUGGAAUUAGCAAUCCGUUGUCAGCUGCUUUAAAGGGAAAAUUAAUAUUCUCCCAUGUGCUCUUCCGUCACGGCGACCGCACGCCAAUUGAACCAUACCCAACAGAUCCGUGGAAGAAUCGCGAGUACUGGCCGGUCGGCUGGGGUGAACUCACAAAUACGGGGAAAAACCAGCACUAUCAGCUUGGUAAAUGGUUACGUCAACGCUAUAACACGCUAUUAAAUGAAACCUACUCCGAGAAUGAGAUUUAUGUGCGCUCAACCGAUGUCGAUCGCACGCUGGCGAGUGCGCUAUCAAAUUUGGCCGGACUGUAUCCUCCAAUAGGCGCUGAGAUUUGGAAUAAAGAUAUAGCGUGGCAACCGAUACCGGUGCAUUCCAAACCCGA